AUGUCGGAAAACAGCAUGGACUCGGUGGAGAGCGAACUGGGCACCGGGUUACAGUCGGCCAGCCAGCCUUUGUUCGUCGCCCCUCAGAACCCGGUCGCCGAUUCGAAGGCGUGCUUGGAGCGCGUUCGCCAACUAAAACGAAAGGCAAACGAACUGAUCGGCGACCUCAAUCAGAUCACGAAAAUCCAGGAAACCGAGUUGUUGCAGAAAAAAAAACGACGAAGUGCUGUAUAUUUGGACGGGUACAAGCGCCGCCUGGACACGUUUCAGAGCCUCAACUGGAAAUUUGUGCCAGAAUUGCCAGCUCGUGAAUUGGCUGAAAAGGGAUGGCAGAUGAAAGGCAUCCAGUAUCGAAAAGUAGAUCCUUAUUUUUCAGGCCCUGAAUCGGUGGAGUGCCCCAGCUGCUCUCGCUUUGUUUCCGUUGUUUUACCGAAUAUCGUCGAGGUCCCGAUUACGGUGUACAAUGCAUGUAUUAGUCAUGUCCGCGAGAAAUUGACAACCGCCCAUGAGAAUACAUGUCUUUUCCGCUCGCCUCCAGUGGAUUACUUCCCGGAGUUGAGGAAUUCCCCAAAAAACCUGAAGAAAUUUUAUCAAAUGUCUCUUGAUGCACUGCGACGGGUCGAUUUUGGCGAGGCUGCGGGUCAUUUUGACGAGUUGGAUCCAUUCAUACGGGCAAUCUUCGGGGAAUUGCGGCCAAACGAGUUGCUACCGGCCGCGUAUGCACUUUUGCACUGGCGCCCGAAAAGCGGGACUUUGACUAGAUUGGAAUGCGAGCUAUGCGCCAGGGACCUUACACCAAAAAUUCUGCCCGACUUUUCGCACCCGUCAUCCCAGCAUUACGCUUGUUGCCCUCUACUCGACAAGGGUGAAGAUGGUGAUACGCCUGUCUGGAAGGAAAUGGCGCAGCUCUGUGUGAAACCAGCUGAGGGAAAGGUCAUCGCCGAUCUCUACCGCGUCGAGACGAAGAUGUCGAAAUCCCUCUCCAAUUCUUCGCUGAACAACAUC